GCCACCGCCGCCGCCACCACCACCACCGGCACAGCAGCCCAGGCAAGGCAAGGCAGCAGCGGUAGCAGCACAAGCACAACAGCCGGGCAGCAGCAGCAGCAGCAACAGCGGUGGUGGCACAGGCGCAACAGCAACAGCAACAGCAGCAGCGGCAGCAAACAGCAGCAGCAACCGGGAUGGGCUCCAGGGCGUCCAGCCUGCUCCGCGACGAGGAGAUCGAUGACAUCAAGAAGGAGACAGGCUUCUCUCACAGCCAGAUUACACGCCUGUACAGCAGAUUCACCAGCCUUGACAAGGGAGAGAAUGGCACGCUCAGUCGUGAAGAUUUCCAAAGAAUUCCGGAACUGGCCAUUAACCCUUUGGGGGACAGGAUCAUUAAUGCCUUUUUCCCAGAAAAUGAAGAUCAAGUGAAUUUUCGAGGCUUUAUGCGGACUCUUGCUCAUUUCCGGCCCAUCGAGGAUGGUGACAAAAACAAGAGCCCUCAGCUUCCUGAGCCACUCAACAGCAGGAACAACAAGCUGCUCUUUGCUUUCAGGCUCUAUGAUCUGGACAAGGAUGAUAAGAUCUCUCGAGAGGAGCUCCUGCAGGUCCUUCGCAUGAUGGUGGGAGUGAACAUAUCGGAUGAGCAGCUAGGGAGCAUUGCAGACCGGACCAUUCAAGAGGCAGAUCAGGAUGGCGAUUAUUCAAUCUCCUUCAUGGAGUUUCAGAAGGUGUUGGAGAAGGUUGAUGUUGAGCAGAAGAUGAGCAUCCGUUUCCUUCACUGAAUCCUCAGCCGGCCAGCUCUCCACUCAGACUCUGUCCGCCUCCGACGUCACUGAUGUGUUACCUGAUUAUGUAGAGAAGUUUAUCAAUUGCAUGGGAGAGCGCCAGUCAUUUUGUUGGUUUCCCCCACUCCUGGGCAGUCGUGGAAAUCGUUAACAGUGUGGCGAUUUCUGUGUCCCUCUAGUUUGCCGUGUGGCGUGUUUCACCUGGAUACCACCGAGCAGCUGGCUGCAGGGCAAACUAAUCCGCCUUGCUGGUGGGGCAAUGCUGCACCUUCAGGAUAUGAUUAGCAGAGGAAGCCAGUCAUACCUGAGGGAAUUCAUGACUCGUGGACUGCACAGUACUGGUGCUCCUUAGAAUGGGCUGUUCUCCGAUUGAACUGUGUAAGAUUGAGGGGAUGGCAAUCAGGUGCUUUUAAAUUGUAUUUGCUAAUUUUUCUGAUCGGGGUUAUUGAUUAUGGGGUAUUUAUUCAUCCAAAGUUGUAUAAAUUGUGGUUUUUAGGUUGCUUGCUAUUAAUUGUCCCUUGCUGCCAGUUUAGUCCCUUAGUUCCAGCCUUACUUUGUCUGUUCCGCUUGUGAUGUUUCCAGGCCAGUCUUUAACUGUAUCCAUUCCCUAACACCGAAAUCCAAUAGAAUACUGUUUCUCUUUUGAGACCAGGGCCUCUGUAAUUACCCAUGUAUCAUACUUAUUUGACUUGGCUGUCAUUGGGACUCCUGUUGGCUCCCCCUGUCUCCAUCCAUGCUGAAACAAUAACAUAGAUGGUGGUGAAAAGUGCUGCCUUUGCCAGCUGCUGCAGUCUGGCCAGGUUCCUUUCUGUCAGUGUGUUUUGUUGCUGCGUGUGAAGAGGGAAUGGUCACCCUUUUUUUGAUAAUUAUAUGUCCUAGUGAACACUAAAGAUGACCCUGUGCCUGUUUAGCUCCACUCGCUUUUGAUGCAUUGCUCGUCCUGCGUCCUGUGAGGAUAGAAUGCCUGUAUUGCCUGUUAAUUAACUAGAUAUGGCAUUACACUCUGUUUAUAUUUAACUCCGGUUGUGUGUGUGUGUGUGUGCCUGAAUGUGUUUAUCCUGUUUGGUCGGCAGCUCACGGCAACACAGUUUCACAGUACGUAUUGUGAUGUGAGGUGGAUGUCAACAAAGGAGCACUAAGUGUGAGGCUAGCCCAGCAUUCAGGAACUUAAACCAGUCGCACAUUUUACUUUUGAGCCUUGAGAUAAUUCUGAACUUCAGUUUUGCCAAGCAGCACACUACAGAUUCCUGGGCUCUGCACACUGACUGGAAUCUGCCCAGGAUCAACUCACCAGUAUUUAACUUAAUACCAAAGUCUUCAGACUAAGGGUCACUCAUUUGUUCUGUUUCUCAGACUGGAGUUCAUUUUGUUUUGAGCCGGAAUGUCUCAUCCCAUUCAGGAUUUAAUUUUAAUUUGGAUAUGUUAGUGUCAGUACAUGCAUGGACCAGUGGAGGGACUGAUGUACCACAGGAGAUGCUCCCUUCACUGAAGGCUGUGCACAGAAUACUUGCCCAACUACCUUCACUUGUUUCAUGUCUCCCCCCCCCCAAGGCGCACGUGGAAAGGCGAUGAGCAUCCAAGUCCUUCCUUACGAAGAUCGAUUGGGAGCUUCUGAUUGAACUGAAUGUGUCGUGCAAACGGUUAAGUGCUUUCAGAUGGAAUGCUAUCACCCUUUCCUGGAUUGUGCCUUCACUUUCUUCCCUAUGAGAAGAAUAUCUGUACAUUUCAUAAAUAAAACAUUUAAUCGUUCCUUCA